UCGGAAUGCAAAGUCGGUUGGUCUAAGACUCUGACUGGAAGAGCUUUCAACAGGCGAUGUCCCAGCCUUGAUCCAAAGACCUUUCGCUCGGUGUUUCCCGCAGAAGCAGCGCUGGAAACCUUCUUCGUCGCUACUCUCCCCGUCCAGCGCACCCAGAAUAAUUCAGCUACGAUUUAACGAGACAAUGGAAAGGCCCGCGAAAAGACCACGCUUCUCCAUGGGGCCGGAACCCGAGGAAGAGGUGGACGACAUGGACAUUCACGAAGCACGUGCGCAGAAUGAUCUCCGUCUGAAAUCGAUCUUCGAAGGCAUUUUUGAAAAAUACGGCAAGGACUUUACGGACGUUGGCGACGAAAUUGAUUUACAAACCGGAAAUAUAAUCGUGAACAAUGGCCACAUCCAGGCCAUGGAGGGUGAAGAUGAUACCGGGGAACAGAAUGGUUGGCUGUUUGAGACGGAUUUAUCUGCACCUCCAAAUCCCGAUGCGGAAAAUGUUAGGUUGGGCAGUUCUGCUCAUUCUCCUGAUGCAGAGGAAAUCGGAGGUGAUGCUGCAGGAGAUGACGGCGGCACGCAAUCGCAGCAUCCACCGACGUCGAUGCCAUGGCAAACAGGGCUGGUCCCGGACCAGCCAUGGGACGCCAUCAUGGGCGAAGCAGCCAAUGACGACCCGGACACUAACGACGAGAGGUCUAGUGCGGACUCGCUGCUGGAUACUGCAUUGUGCGUCCAGAAUAACCCGGAUGGCUCUCGGGGCCGAAAGGUGACGGCAGAUGCCACAGGGAAACCGACCAUCAAAAAAGCAAAUUCUGCGGCUGAAGCAUCCGCCCAAUCCAAGGAAGUCAAGUUCAGUGAGGCGGUGGAGGCAAUAUGGCGCGUUCCUGAAAUUAGCGGGGACUUUUCUACGCCUACAUGGAACAAGUCACGUCCUGCAUCUUCUUUCAAUACAGUGCGGUCUCAGUCUCCACCGGGAUCAGGGUCUAUCUGGGCACUUCCUUGGUCCUCUCGACGGGGCUCUGGACAGAAACGCGCAACGAAGCCUCAGAAGUCACCGCAGGGAAGGAAGCAUCAUUCUAGCCCCGUCGUGUGCGACUGGUCCUUUGCAGAGACGCCGGACGGAGACGAAUCCGACGAUCCGUUGCAGGAAGACUAUGAACCCUCGCCGACGCCCAAACGGGGCGUGGAGAUCCGAGGAAAGCGCUCGGAAUCACACACCCCAAGCCGUGCGAAAGACCGAUGCGAGUCUUGCCAGCAAUACUUUGGUCGAUCCGAUUACAUUUCCCAUUUGAAGGGCCUUCUAUCGCAGGCCUCCGAUGGCCAACAUGAUCAGGCAGCCAUGCGGAAGCAUCUGGCCGCCAUAACCAACUCUCAUGAUUCAGAGAAGCGGGCAGCAGCGACCAGCACUUCCGCCCAAAAGAGUGGGGCUUCCUCUGAAAAUAUAACGAAAGUAUCGGCGGAGAACACUCCAGACGGUCCUGAUACGAUGACGCCUACGAAGAAACGUGUUCGGACGUACAUUAGUCCAGAUGAAGCAAGGUUGAUUAUUGAGAUGAGGCAAGUACAGGGGAGAAAGUGGAACGAGAUCGUCGAGCGACUUCCACACAAAAACCUGCCCCAACUCCUUAACUGGAAUAAAACGCACUGGAGUGAACGCCGAGCGAACCCGCCUCCAUUGUCCAGACCGUGGACUAAACAGGAGCGGGAAGAGUUAAUCAAAAUCAAAGACCAACACAACCUCUCGUGGGCCACCGUCCGUGCAAGACUAUCUGGACGCCCAGUUGCGGAGAUCGAAUUCGAACUAUUGCAGCUCUGGAGUGGCGAGGCCGUUUAAUGCCCACGAAGAAAGAUGAUUGGGCGCCCGUGUCAGACUGACAAGGACGGGAUGAAGCCGAUUC